UUGUUUCUGAUUUUCGAAAAGCAAACGUAAUUAAAAAAUAAUCUUAAUUCACUUAAGUUGUAAAUAUAUUUAAUAUUAUAAAAUGAGCAAGGCAAAGGUAGCGUUGCGCGAUAUUUCGCCAGUGAUGCAAAAGCUAAGAGAUUUCCUUCUAGGAAGGAAACAUACUAAUGCGUUACGCUUUGAGCCACUUGUGGCGGCUAGAACUCAGCCACCACCGCAGAUCCCUGACGGAUCAUCUCACAAGCACGCUCAAAACUACUACUAUACUCGGGAUGGCCGCCGUGAAGUAGCUCCACCUAUGGACUUGACAAAGCAGCUCUUAUCAGCUAGCAGUGACAAGGGAGCACCAAAGCAAGCCGCUAAUGUAAGACCUACGCCUGGCCCCGUGUACCAGUGGGACAAACACUAUGAAUAAAUAGUAGCCAAUUUAUUGAAUUAUCAAACCAAUGUCAGAAGUUUUUAAGUUAAAUAAAGUUUAUGUAGAAUAAGGGCAGAACA